AGAUUUAUUCACUGCGGACUGGAGUUAUCACUUUUAGAGACACAACUAUCACGUAGCUCCGCAAGUAGUAUAAACGUUAAUGAUUUUUAAUCGGUUUAUCUCCGUUCUGAUUAUUGAUGAACUUUUGCUCCAGGGGCGAAGAGAACAUUUAAACUAAAGAAGAUAAUAUUUUGAAGAAAAACAGCAGAGUGUGUAUUUUUUGUGUUGAAGAAAAAUGGGUUGCCUUAAAGUAAUUUUUGUAAGUUUCGGCAUUCUUUUAAGCAUAGCGUUAUUGCCUGGUCUCCCGCCUGAUUUAGAAUUCACAGCAUUCAAAACGACGGAGCCAAUGGAGCUGGCAGGGCCAAUGGCACCGAAUGACCUUCUCAACGGAGCGGAGAGACUUUUUGAAGGAGAGAUUGACGCGCCUGAAGGCUUAGCCGUGGCAAAUGGAAUACUUUAUACUGGAAACCGGCAGGGAGAUAUAUUAAAAAUUGUUGACGGGAAAAUGGUCAAAAUCACCAACGUUGCUCACCCUUGCAAUGGGUAUUGGGAAGACAGAAAAUGUGGAAGGGUUGUUGGAAUAAAUUUUGAUUCAAAAGGCUAUUUAUACGCUGCAGACCCGUACUACGGAAUUUACAAAAUAAAUGUUCAAUCAGGAAAAUUUGAGCAUCUUAUAAAAACUGACAAUCCAAUUGCCGACAAAAUGGUCAGGGUUGCAAACAGUGUGGUCGUUGCCAAAGAUGGAACUAUUUAUUGGACAGCCUCAAUAUGCACCAACCCUGGGGUGGAUGUUGAAGACGCUGUGGUCGCAAUAUUUGCAGAUGGUAAUGGCAGGCUCUUCAAAUAUGACCCAGUGGAAAAAACCAACACAGUUUUGAUGGACAAGAUUAGCUUUGCCAACGGCCUGGCUCUAUCUCCAAAUGAAGAUUUUGUAAUAGUAUCUGAGACUGUCCGUUGCAGAAUUCUAAGGUACUGGUUAAAGGGGCCAAAUCAGGGCACUGCAGAUAUUUUUGUGGAUGGCUUGCCAGGCGUUCCAGACAACAUCCACAUUACGAGUGACGGAAUUUUUGAAGUUAGCUUGUAUAAGCCCAGGAGCAAAGAAAAUCCUCUGCCAAUUGAUGCCCUGGGCCAAUACCCGCUAGUCCGGCGCUUCAUUACCAGAUUGCUCUAUUACAUCGAGUUUCCAUUUCAAAAGUUGCAAGAAUUUUAUCCGAAUAUCUACACUGGAUUAUUAACUCACUGGUUGAACAAUUUUGACAAACUGCAGCCCUAUCUUCCAAAAGCUUUAAUGCUUGUGCGGCUUAGUCAAGACGGGAAAAUUAUUGAAACUCUGCAGAGUACGGACAAAAUUUUAGGCGACAUCAGUGACAUUGUGUUAUUGGAUGGCUACUAUUAUCUCGGCUCCGCUCACAAUGAAUUUUUAGGGAGGGUCAAGAAAAGAGUCUGACUAAUUUGAAUAUUUUACACACAAAUUGAUAAAGAUAAAUGCACCAAAUAAAAAGUUGUUAUUCCGUUAAAUACACUCUCUGUAA